AUGUAUAACCAUUCGUGCAUCCAAUUAAAUGCUUUGGUGGAUUUUCUACCUGAACCACAGACAUGGGAGGGUUCUGUUGCAUGCAUUAGCGAAACCACUGCUUCAGCUGCUAGACAAUUAGGCUUAACAAGUGUAUAUCGCCCAUCUACCCCUGGUCUUCACGGGCCACUGACAGGAGCAUCAAUGAACUCAGCAAGAACCUUGGGACCAGCAAGAGCUGCAAAUAACUACAAAGGCAUAUGGAUCUACCUUACAGCUCCCAUCCUUGGCGCACUAGCUGGUACAGGUAUUUACACAGCAGUGAAACUGCUUGAGGAAGAUGAUGUAUAGCAUUUAUGUGACC